UAACAACUUGAGAAGACAUGAUUCUCACCAAAAAUUGCGCAAAUCCAAUGAGGAUUUUGAAAACCGUAAGGCUUCAAAAGGCUUUCAGUAAAAUGUUUACUGAUCAAUACAAUCACAAAAGUGCCUUGUUCCCUGAAAAAUGGUUUGAUUCCCAUGAGAUCGCCCACAUGUCGAGGCGGGAACUUCAAAAAUGGUGCAAAAAACUGGGCAUUCGAGCGAACACAAAGACGAUUCAGAUGCAGAUAGAUCUGGUCAACUUCCACAAAGAUAUUUUGUCUAAAAGUGAUAUUUUACAACAUCCAUUUCUACCUGUGCAAAAUGCGGAAUAUUUUACACCAAACCUACAAGGGUUGUCAUUAUCUAGUAAAAAUUCCUUCAACAAUAUCUGGAGAAUAAAUAGCUCAACAAUAGAACAAACCACUGCUGGCCUUGGGCAAGUACGUCACUUUAAGGUCGUACCAAAUACCAAUGAUUUACCUGAAGACAUAUUUUCUUCUCAAGAUUUAGUAGGGCAAAGCCCUCCUAAAGUGAAAGGAAUUCCCAGCGUAAGUAAGAUUCUGCGAAAUACAACUCCAAAAAGCAAACUAUUUGCAAUUUCUCAUUGGAUGAAAAAGCAGAAAGCUCUUUUAGGUGAAGAUGCUUUCCAAGAUAAAAUGAACAAUGCAAAAAGGAAGGGAACAGAGUUUCACAAUUUCAUCCACAAAUGUUUAGCAAUAGACAAAUUACAUUGCAUUAUUCCAGAAAGAAUGAAAGGUUUUGUGGAAAGCACAAAAGAUGUUCUUAAUGACUUGACUGGCAACAUUGUUAGCGAGGCAGCAAUUCAUCAUCCAUUUCUACAUUAUCAAGGUAAAAUGGACACAUUAGCACUUUACCAAGAUAUUCCCUGUAUCGUAGAAUGGAAGACAAGUCAACAUCGCAAGAAGAAUCUUGAUGAAUGUGGUGACUAUCCAAUACAAAUGGUUGCAUAUGCAGGUGCUAUUAAUGCUACUAAUAAAACAAGGGGAACAUUAAUUAGAAAUUGUGUCUUGGUAAUUGCUUAUGAAGAUGGUUCUCCAGCUGAUGUUCAUGUUUUAUGUUUAAACCAGUGCAAACAUUUUUGGCAGGAUUGGCUUUUAAGGUUACAUAAAUUCCAUGCAAAUAACUUAUAUUGAAGAAAUUUUGAUACAUUAAUGUCUUUCAAUAAAAUAUAAAAAAUUUCAAUAUCUAAAACAUUUCAAUACCCAAUGCUUGUAAUAAAUAUUUUGUAUUUAAAUUGUUAUCCUCAUUACUUGAACAUUCCAGCAUAAA